CAGGGUGUGUUUUUCCACGUCGUUUGGGUAUUUAAGCAGCUGUCCGGUCAAAGACAUCUCACAUUUCUGGCUUUCAUCAGAAGAACUGAUCUUGAGAAGACGUUCAUCAGUCUGCAGUCAUCUAUCUGCUUUAAAGAUGUCCAGCCCAACAACUGUGCAGAAAGUCGGUGGUGGAGGUGGCGCUCCUUUUACAUUUACAGGUGAGAAUAAUGGCGCCAAUUUAGAGAAGAUCGGGGUGUGGUUGGGAGAAUGGCAGGUGAAGGCCGUCAAGGUUUGGCUUUCAGACGGCAGAAGUGAAACCUUUGGCAAUCCACACGGGCCCUAUCAAGAGUACACCUUCAAGUCUGGCGAGUGUUUCACCUCACUGUCCCUGUGGGACAACGGAGAAAACCGACGCCUUGGAGCCAUCAAAUUCAAGACCAACAAUGGUGGAGAAUUUUUUGCAAAAAUGACCAAAUACUCCCUACCAACAGAAUACCCCAUGGAUGUCGGCUCUGGGUUUUGUCUGGGAGUUGUAGGAGGAGCUGGUGCAGAUAUUGACCGCAUUGGGUUCAUGUUUCUCAAUGCGGUUCAAUCGGUAGUCCUCACCAAUGUCAGCUACCCCACUCUCCACCAGCUGAUACCAAAGGUGUCAGUGGAAGAGAUCAAAUCCAUCACUUACAAGAAUGACACCUCCGCUAAUCAAAAACAAACAGUCGAGACUUCAAAGAAAGUGACCAAAAAAUCAUCAUGGUCCAUGAGCAACAGCUUUACAUCCACAUUUAGUGUGGAAGUGAAGGCAGGGAUUCCAGACAUUGUAGAUGUUUCCACAGGAUUCAGCGUCAGCGUUGGAGUAGAAAGCAGUUAUACUCAGGAGUACACCGAUGAGAGAACCGAAACACUGACCUUCCCUCUCGAUGUGCUGCCUAAAAAGAAAGUGGAUGUUGACAUCACCAUCGGCAGAGCCACGUUUGACCUGCCUUACACCGGCACGGUGAAGAUCACUUGCAGGAACGGCGGUGUGCUACAGUACGAAACCCAGGGCCAAUACAAAGGCGUCACUUACACUGAUAUCAAAGUGGAUACUAAAGAAUAUAAUCUGUAAAGUUAAAGCAGAUUAUACAUGCGAAACAGAAAUUCUUUGAUUUUCCUAUUUUUAAUCAGUUAUGUAUCAGUUAUCCUAAAUAUAGUUUCAGGAGGUUUCAUGGAAAAUAUACGUUGAGCAAUAUUCUCGAAAUAAUAUUUUAUUACAGAGACAUUCAUAUAGCGUAUACUCUGUUUAAUUGCUUUAAUAUAUCAUUUUUAGAAUAUCAGUUACUCUACAUUUAAUCAGAAUUUUACUGGGUUUUAAGGGGAUAUGUAUAUCAGUUCAACACUGUUAUUGUUGAAAUUAUGUUUUAUGAUUUUAAUACAGAAACAUCCAUAUAGCUUAUACUUUGCGUGAUUACUAAAAUCUCCUACUUGAUCAUGUAAGAUUUUCAGAUGUGUUUAAUCUGACUUUAAUAAAAGGAUGACACUUCAUUAAAUAAACAAUGGUAUGAGUUUU